AGAAAAGAAGUGUGGUCUCAGUGGAACUACCACGAAACAUCCUAAAGGAAGAAAGGAGGCAGGGAAAGUAAAAGGUUUAAUUCAGGGGGUUGAGACUCUCACUGCUGAGUAAUCAAGAAAACAACAACAAUCAGCUGUGAAAGUAGUCAUUUAAUCAUUUUUACCACUUAGUGAGCAACAACAGCCUUUGAAAAAAACAUUUCAAGCAUUUUUCUCUCUGAGACGACAACUGAAAGCAGCAGCGAUGUUGCCCUCUCUCCUCCAGGCCUACAAGAGGCGCUGGUGGAUGGCAGUGACAGCGGUUAUUGAAAACCUGCUGUGUUCGGCUGUGCUGCUUGGCUGGGGCUCCCUGCUCAUCAUGCUGAAAAGGGAAGGCUUCUAUUCCCACCUGUGCUCAGAUAAUGACUCAGUGGUCGUGUCUUUGGGGAACUCCUCCACCGGUGAGGUGACAGAGUGGCUCAGCUGCGUGGACCAGGAGGAGAUGCUGAAUCUGGGCUUCACCAUCGGAUCCUUCUUGCUCAGCGCCACCACCCUGCCGCUCGGUAUCUUGAUGGACAAGUUUGGGCCACGCCCAAUUCGCCUGGUGGGCAGUUCAUGCUUCGGUCUGUCUUGUGUCAUGAUGGCCGUGUCAGCCUACAACCCUCUUGUUAUGUCAGCGCUCAUCUUCUUGGCUCUGUCUCUGAACGGCUUUGGAGGCAUCUGUCUGACCUUCACCUCCCUCACGCUCCCCAACAUGUUUGGUGCUCUGAGUUCCACAGUUAUGUCUCUGAUGAUUGGCUCCUACGCCUCGUCUGCUGUCACCUUCCCUGGAGUGAAGCUGAUCUACGAUGCAGGCGUGUCCUUCCAGGUGAUCAUGUGGGUGUGGGCAGGUCUUGCCGCGGCUGUCUUUUUAAACUGUUUCUUCAACUGGCCAACAGAAGGCUUCCCAACACCUGAUGAGGUGGACUACAGUAAGAUCCUCUCUGUGAAAGAGCUGCCUUCGUCGGACCAGAAGGACGUUGGGGAGAGACUGAGCCAGAAAAACGGACACUUGCGACACUCUACAGAAAAGCUUCCUAAUGGUCCUGACGCUGCACCUAAUACCGUUCCCUUCCGCCGCUCUGUGUUCUCUCCCAUCUUCCUGUGGAGUCUGGUAACAAUGGGGAUGUCCCAGUUAAGGAUCAUCUUCUUCAUGGGGGCGAUGAACAAGAUGCUGGAGUUCAUGGUCACGCACGGCGAAGAGCAUCCGUCUGAGCAACUGGUGAUUGAGGCAAAAGAAAAAGUGAGUUUCUACUCUUCCAUCUUCGGCACGCUGCAGCUGCUGUGUCUGGUCACAUGUCCUCUGAUUGGAUACAUCAUGGACUGGAAGAUGAAGGAGUGUGAAGAGGAGAACACUGCUCACCCAAUCACAGAGCACAGACAGACCAGUGGGCCCAAGAGAGACCGUAAGAUCCAGAAAGUGACCAACGCCAUGAGGGCCUUCAUCCUCACCAACCUGCUGCUGCUCGCUUUCGGAUGCUGCUGCCUCAUAGACAGCCUGCCUCUACAGAUUUUGACCUUCAUCCUCCACACUAUGGUCCGAGGCUUCAUCCACUCUUGCUGCGGGGGCCUUUACGCCGCUGUAUACCCAUCCAACCACUUUGGCACCCUGACAGGCCUCCAGUCCAUGAUCAGCGCUGUGGUGGCCCUGCUGCAGCAGCCGCUCUUCAUCGCCAUGGUCGGACCUCUGAAAGGAGACCCCUACUGGAUCAACCUCGGCCUGCUCAUCUUCUCAUUGGCCGGUUUCCUGUUGCCGGCUUACCUGUUCUACCACCGCAGACACCUGGUGAGAGAAAAAGAGGCCAGAGAGAAGCAAGCCGCCAGCAGUCAGGAGAUGCAGGCGCUCAACCACACCGAGGCCAACGGCUACAAGCCCCACAGCAACGGCGUCACUGCUGUGGAGGCUUAGACAACAAUAUUGAGCCGAGGACUAGGGGAAAUGUGGGAUUUAUUUUUGUAUGUGCCUUCAAAAUGAGCACCAGCGUUGUUUUUGUGGUCAUAGCUGGUGCAAUGAGCCCCCUGCCCCCCACUCAGUUUGAUUUCUUUUUAAGUUCUUUGUGAUUUCAGGAGAAGAUGUGUCAUCAUUUGUUGCCGUUUAUUUAUUUUGGUUUUAGGUCAAAGAGCCAAAUUUGAAGCCAUAGAUUUCACUCACACGAACACAUCCUGGUAUGUCCUGUGUGUGACAGACCACAGAUAUCACGGUACUUGAAAUACUCUUACAUAGUUCGCACAGACUUCUGAUAACCAUCACAAUCCUAGCUAACACCAAAGAACAGCUUAAAAAUAUUAGGAAAGUUACAGUUUCUAAUUCAGUAUUGUUUCAAAAGUCUGCUUAUGAAACAAACUUUUAGUACAUUGUGCUUUUUCUACUGUAUUCCCCUAAAUAUAAAGCUUUGUCAGUACACUAUUAAAAGCAUACAAGCUAUCAAAGAAAAUUUAGAACAGCUGAAUACCAGACUUUUGGUACAUAUGAAGAUUUUCUUUUUUUUUUGUAUUUUCAGAGCCCACUUAUUCCCACAGACACACGCACAGAUAGACUGGUUGUAGAGACACAUAUCUACCUCCUCCGUUUCCUUUUUAUGUACUGUGUCUUUGCAACUGACUCCAUGACUAUGUCUGUCCAUCAUUUGUUUUUGUUUUUGUUCACAUUAGGAAAUAUAAGUCCUUUAAAUGUCAAACACCCCAAGUGACAACUUUAAUCAGUUCAGAAUUUUCUCCUUGUGUAUUCAUGUGUGUUAGACAUUGCUGAUUAAGCCCUUGCAUUUCUGGAAUUUUUAUAUUUAGGAAAAACCUUUUUUUAAGGAAACAUCACAUGGAAAAUAUGACUGAUUUUUAAAAUUCUGGCACACAGUGUGUGUCAGUGUUGUUAAACACUUUGUACUGCUUUAUGCACAGAAAUGAUCUAGUGUGUGUAUAAAAUGUGUAUUUAAGUGUUUUUUUUAUACUCUAGCUGCAGUAGAAUUAAAAA